CUUAUCCGCUUCCGCCGCUGCCGCCCAAAAUCCAUCGGCUCCCCGUCAGCCAUCCCGCCCGCCCCCACGCACGCAGUCGCCGCCCAAAAUCUCGCUCCCAACUCCGGGCAGGUCCCCCUCCCUCGCCCAUGCCGAUCUGGAGUCGGGCCCACCUCCGCCCUCCCGCCCCCUCCUGCCGCCACGGGAUAUGGUGAGCGGCGGCAGCCCCCGCCGGCCCCUCCGCCCGGUGGUGGGGUGGCCGCCGGUGCGGUCGAUCAGGAGGAACCUGGCGUCCACCAGGCAGUCGCCGCAGUCGUCGUCGGCUCAUCAUCAGGACGGCGGAGGCGGCGGCCUGUUCGUGAAGAUCAACAUGGACGGAGUGCCCAUCGGGCAGAAGGUGGACCUCACGGCGUACGGCGGCUACGCCGAGCUCUCCACCGCCGUCGGCAAGCUCUUCCGCGGCCUGCUCGCCGCCCAGAGGGACCCGGCCGCCGCCGCGGUGGGCCGGUGCUGCGGCGAGGAGGCGGCGGGGGAGGAGGCCGAGGAGCCCGUGAUCAGCGGCGAGUACACACUGGUGUACGAGGACGAGGAGGGCGACCGGGUGCUGGUCGGCGACGUCCCUUGGGAGUAAGUCUGAACGGGAUCAAAAUCAGCUAGCAUGUCUGUCCGCAUCAGUCACGAUGUCGAUUUCAUGGAAUUCUAGGCUGAUGGUCAUAGUCAAAGUAAUAUGACAGUAUCUUAGUUGCCAUCAUUUUCGUUGUGUUUUACUCAUUACUCCCAGAGAUAAAAGGAUGAGUGUUCUGUGCAACAAAUCAGUCUGUACCCAACACAUUUUUUGAAGGCAAUGUUUAUUGUUUUCAGUCACACCAAUACAAUUACGGUGACUGCAUAUCAAUUUGUAUUGUCAAAUCAAGCCUGUCAUUAUCCUGAAUCCUUCGCACUUGAUAAAUCACCUGCCACAGUUUGGGCACUAGACAUUUAAUUAUGGUAAAUAGCCGUUGUCCUGAUGCCUGGUUGUAGUAAAUCACUUCAUAACUAUCGUCCAUAUACUGUUGAAUUAUGUAAAAUUCUACCAUUUUGCAUUGCUAAAUCGUGUCUUCAAGCAUCAUUUUGCUUGCUUGUGGUAAAUCACCUGUCACAUUAUCAUUGCUAGAUGUUUAUUUAUAGUAAUCACAAUUAUCGUAAAUCGGUUCCUCAAUGCUAUAAUUUGUGUAAAUUGGGCACUUCACUGUAGUAAGUAUGAAACAACACGUGCUAUCGCUUGCAUUCUCGUAAAUAACCCUCUGUCCAUUUUUUUUAACUGUGUCCAGAAUAUACAAGAAAACAUAUAGCACAUGCUAGUUUAGUUUCUCGUAAGUGAAUCACUGAUUGCAGAUUAGUAGCGUGAGGAAUUGGGAGUUACGAUUGCAGAUAGGCACUGGAGCACAAAUAACAGUGACAGGGAGACAACCUCAUAAGGCAGAGGCACAGGAGCAGAUUUAUUAGGCAAAUGAGCUUGUGAUCAACAACAGCAUCAAAGUGGUACCUGCCAGUUGCCAUGCUCUAGAUGAUUUUGUAAGGAAAAGGAGCCCAAUUUAGGUUUGUGCUGCUCUUUUAAUAUUUACCGCUCACUGAACACCAGCCAACAAGCUUCCAGCCAUAACUUGUGAUACAAUUUAAUCUAUAUGUCAUGUUUUCUGGUGAUGAGGUCUUCUGGCAAGUCCUGGGCAAGAUGCGCUCACUAACGAGCAGCUAAUAGGUUCAAUGCAGUGCAGAUGGCAACACAAACGGCAACGCUGGGUGCAACCCGAAUGGCAGCACGACAACAUCCAAAUGUUAGAAUUGAAAUGGGAUCCUGGAGUCAUGGCAGAGGAACACCUCUUGUUGCAGAAUGCACAUCAGAAAAUGACUAUUUUAACAGUAGUAAGUUGUUUGCCUAUAUUAUCCCGUGCAGGCCUUGUAAAUGGGAUGUAUGAUCAGCCAGUGAAACGUCCGACUGGCUCUACUUGACGCCCUUUUGCUCUACAUUGAGAAUUCAAUUUGUGAAUUGUGUUGCAGUAACAUGGACUACAUAUGAAAGAACAUGCUACCAUUUGUUUGCCAUUUA